AACAGAAAACCUAAUUGCUUAAAUCCACUACUUAUAAGAAGUUGAAUCAUUAACCACUAAACAUCCCUCCAUAUUUGGCUUAGAAAAAAAAAAAAAAACUCUUAGGAAAUGGAAGAACAAUGCAGCCCUCUUGGCUGGGAAUAUUGCUAUCCAGAAGAGGGAAUUGAAGAGUUAAGGCGUUUGUACAGAACUUGGGAGCUGGAGGCGACAAUUUUGUCAGCUAAGGAGGAAAUCGAAAGGCGAGAAAUUGAACUCAUCCAUCUCAAAGACGUGCUGAAUAAAUCCAUCAAAGAGAGAAACGAAGCACAAACGCAAUGCCAAAAGCUGAUGCUGGAGAACCUUUUGCUGCAAGAAAAGCUUCAAAAACAACAGCAGCAGCAACAAGAAGCUGCGGCUCGGGUACUCUCGCGCACAUCAAGCAUCGAAAAUGAGUCAACACCCAGUGACUUCUUUAAGAAUCAAAACAUGAAUUUGUCUCCAAUUGCAAAUCCAGUUUCAUCAGAAUUGCCACCAGAGGCCUUGAAUUUAGCGGCGGAGAGGCCAUUGCCGGAGAAAGGCAAAUUAUUGAAGGCAGUAAUGGAAGCGGGGCCACUUCUGCAGACUCUUCUCCUGGCGGGGCCUCUUCCACAGUGGCAGCAUCCCCCGCCGCAGCUCGACUCCAUCGAAAUUCCACCGGUGGCGAUAAGUUCUUCCCCUUCGCCGCGGCUUCGACACCACCAGGCCUCCUUCAACAGUCCAACAGCCGGUUGUUUAAGCAAGAAAAGGGGUCUUGAGUUCAACGAAAUGAGGCUUGAUUCUUCCCCAAAGUACCAAAAAGUUGCCCCCAUAAAUUAACCAAAAGCUGCAAAAUUAGCCCAUCUUUUUCAUUCUGUUUGACAAUUAACUGAUGACUUGCAGCAUGAAAAAGAUGGCUUUUGCGCUUCAGUUGAUUCAGAAUCGGUAAAGUAGUUAAUUUUCAUCAUUAAUGUUAAUAGGCCUCUAAUUUGCUUGUUAUUGUAUUAAACAUGUUUAACUUUUUGGAAGAUUGGGUUGAUGUAACCAAAUCUCAAAUGUAAUUUUCUAGUGGGAUUUUAAAAUAUGGUCAGUCAUUGAAUGGCUUUUCCGUCA